CUAUAUAAAUAUAUAUUUAUAUUUUAUUUAUAAAUCUAUAUAAUUAAAAAAUUUUUUUUGGCUGACUUCUGUUGUUUUGUCCAAAUUCAACGUUAAAAUGUGCAAUGCAAAAUUUGAAGUGAUUUAAUGUGUAAAGUGCAGCCAGUGUUGGUAAGGACGCAACAAUGGCGCCCGACAAUUUGACCAAUGAGAGAUGUGCGAAAGCCAGUGCUGUAAAAUACGCACAGCGUAUAUCACUGAUAAAGAGGCCGACACGCUUGGCGCUAUUCCGAAUCGUGCUGUUCGGCUUAUCGCGUAUGAUGUCGAGUACGUGUCAGAAACUGGUGAAGGUGGAGGAGUCGCGCCGCUUCAUGAUCGACUGCUUCAAGGCCGUCAAUGUGCCCGAGGAGCAUGCGAAGGCUCAGGCCGAUCUGCUGGUGGCCGCCGAUCAUCGAGGUCACUUCAGCCACGGCAUGAACCGGCUGGAGAUGUACAUCAAUGAUCUGGCCAUCAAUUCCACGGAUGGCGCUGCCGUGCCCGUGGUGCUGAAGGAGACGCCCGCCACGGCUUGGGUGGACGGAUGCAACGGGCUGGGCGCUGUCGUUGGCAACUUCUGCAUGGAUCUGGCCAUCAAGAAGGCCAAGAAUGUGGGCGUUGGCUGGGUCUGUGCCAAGGGCAGCAAUCACUAUGGCAUGGCCGGCUGGUAUGCUCUGCGCGCCAUGGAGAGCGGCCUGGUGGGCAUGUCCAUGACCAAUACAUCGCCGCUGAUGGCACCAACCAAUGCCAAGGAGGCGGCGCUGGGCACCAAUCCGCUCUCGCUGGGCGCCAACGGCUGUGGCCAGGAUCACUUCCUGCUGGACAUGGCCACCACAGCCGUGGCCGUGGGCAAGAUUGAGAUCCAGAUGCGCAAGGACGCCGCCCUGCCCGAUGGCUGGGCCCAGGAUCCCGAGGGCAAGGUCACCAACGACGCCAAGCUGGCCUUCGAAACGGGCUGCCUCUGCCCCCUGGGCGGCACUGAGUUGACCUCCGGCUACAAGGGCUACGGCCUGGGCGCCAUGGUGGACAUCCUGACCGGUGUCAUGUCCGGCGCCAGAUACGCCACGCACGUCCGCAAAUGGACCCACACGGGCGCCAACUCAGCCGCCGAUCUGGGCCAGGUCUUCAUCGCCGUCGAUCCGAACAGCUUUGCGCCCCAGUUCGAGGAGCGCAUGAGUGACUUUAACUCCAUUCUGCGCAGCACCAAACCGACUAAUCCUGAGAAGCCCGUCCUGCUCGCCGGCGACAAGGAGCAGAAUAACAUUAAGGCUGUUGACCAGGCCGGCGGCAUUCAGUAUCUGGAGAACCAGCUCAAGACCUGCGCCGCCCUAGCCGAACGCCUCAAGGUCCAGCCCCUGAGGUUCAUCUGAAUCGAGAAAUCAUAUCGAGCACAACCCUUAUCAAAAUAACACUUUUUACAUAUGACGCGAAUUAAAUUUGCUCGUGCAUUUGUCUUGACCAAAGGAUUUGAUUAGUGCCUAAGUUCUUCGAGUACAGUUUACUUUUUAUAUACACAUUAUAUAUAUAUAUAUAAACAUAUGUUAUGUAUCAGGCCUAGCCUCCUGAUACAUGGUAUGCGAUAUUAUUGAUCGAUUGAUUGAGAGCUAAUAAAAAACUGCCUAAACUGAA